AUGCUCUAUGCCGUCAUUGGGAUUCCACUUUUCUUCAGUUACCUCUCCAAAAACGGCGAUAUGAUGGCCUCCCUCUUCCGCCUCGCUUAUGCUCGUGGAUGCAAACCAGUCUUCCGCAUGAUCAGCCGUCGGCGUAGUCGCAGUACGACAAAAAAUGGACUCUACAAUUCCAUGCAAUCACUAGCGCUUAUCGCGAAUCUCGAUGCCGCAGUCAUGCGCCUCCAUCGCAAAGACUCUACCAAUUCAAAUGAUUCAACAAACCCCGAUCGCAAUCUUUCCAUACACUCAACCAAAACAACACACAGUGAUGGCUCCCCGUCUGCCGAAGCCAGCAAGAAGCCUAAGAGUGUUCGAACUUGCGGGAAAUCAAAGGGAAGAGCUCCGCGUCCACUCAAACGCUCCGUGUCAACUAAAAGUUUUCGCGAUCUGAGAAGAAAUGCAGUAGCUGAAGUGGGUGGUCGACAGACAACAGAAAACGACAGCAUGCUCACCAUUGUCCCCGGCGGAAAGCUAGUUAUUCCGCCAUCUUCAAGCCUAGAUUCUUAUAAUAAACCAUACAGGAAAUUUCUCUCCUCUGGUAAUGACAACAUUUCGGCCACAAACAACGCGAACAACAACGGCUCACAUCUCAACGGCGUAAAACGAAAGCUGAUUAUACACAAUGUGCCCAAGCCCUCAUCGGAGGAAAAGCCAGUUAACGUCCCCAUAAGCCUCACUCUCUGCAUGAUGUUCAUCUACAUCCUGAUCGGUGCUACGGUCUUUUGCAUGUGGGAAAAUCCAGAUUACAUUAAGUGGUCGUACUUUUGUUUUGUCACUCUGUCCACCAUCGGCUUCGGAGACAUCGUACCUGGUACAAAGAUAGAUUCAGAAAACCCUAAGGAGAAGAUGAUAGCCCUCGUCUUCUAUGUCGCCAUUGGCCUCUCAUUUUUCGCAAUGUGCUUCAAACUCAUGCAGGAGGAGGCAAUGAAUAAAUUGCGUCGUAUUGGUCAACGGAUGGGCAUUCUCAAGCGUCCAGAGGAGGAACAGGCGGCUAACCUCAUCGAAACCACUGAU